AUGACCAAUGUAUAUACCUUGAAAGAUAUCAAUAAUAAAAGUGAUGGUUCCUUUAGGGGGGCCGGUCAACGACUUGGUGGUGAAUAUGAGCAAGAGCUUAAAGAAAAAUUAUAUUCUGCUCUUAGAUCUAAGGCCGAACUUAGGGAUCUCAAUGAAAAGUUGGUUGAUAAGUAUUCGGAACGAGAGAAGGAAUAUCAACAAAUCUAUGCCGAUAUUGGAAAUAAGAUUGACCAGGUGAAUGAAUCCACUACUAAGUCUCAUUCUGAGAGUCAACGUGAGCUUGAAGCUGAAAUAAAAUCACUCAAAUCUUCUAUUAAAACAUUGAAGAGAGAAGCGACUUUAGCCCAGAAAGCUUCAUCUCUUGAUAAGGCCACGAUUCUUUCUCUUGAAACUAAGGUAGGUGAAUUGGAAGCUAAAUUGGAGAACAAGGAGCUAGAUCAGGUGUCCUAUGAUUCUCUCAGGCUUGAAUUGGAACGAGUAAAAGAGGACCUUAAUUCAAAAGAAUAUACAAUAGAGUGUAUAGAAAAAGGGAUAGAAGCAACACAUAGGAUAACCAGUCAGGGAAUAGAUACUUUGUCUUCGGCACGAUUAAAUUUAAUAAAGGAAAUUUCUCAUCUCCGAGAGAUAAUCUCAAAGAAAGAUAAUGAAAUAGCAGAUCUCUCUAAUCCCUCACCCCCGUCUAUGAACGAUUCAUCGCAACUUGAUCCUGAAGGGACCCUUUCUACUCUUAAUCCUUCGUCCCAAAUAAUUCCUGUAGGUGGCGCAGAAGUGGUGCCAUCACCCCAAGUAAUGCCCUUAAUACCAGCUAUCCCUGUCGUUGCAAGUUCCUUAAUGAUACCAAUGAUAGCAUAUUCCAUACUUAUCUUAUUUCUUAUUGCAGUUAUAUGGUUUGUAUUUGGAAAAAAAAUAUGGGAUUCGUGGAAAAAAAGUGACCGAUACAUUCAGACUAACGAAUUACAUCUCCGGGCAUAUCCGAGGCCGGGCUGUAUGAUCGGUGUCCGGAAGAGGGCAUCUCGUGACCAGAUCUAA